UGGUUGAUUUUAUUUGACCCAGCCCGCGGGAUGGCAGGAAGUUGCUGGCCAUGUUUAGCUGGCUGCUUUGUUGAGGACUCGUUGGUUUCCUGCAGGUUUUAGCAUAAGAGUUGCAAUGGAACCGAGCUGGAGUACGUUUUUAUUUCAACAGGCCAAUGAGGCGCUCCACCACCAGCACCAAUUAGCCGGGAACAGCCUCUUGCCUUUGCUGACUUCUGGAACGGAGCCGCCUGAUCAGAAACCGGUGCUACCCAUAGUGUUGGACCAGAAACCACCUGUCAGUGCUGCAGAACUGCUGAAAGACAAUGUGGCCAGCGGGACUGGUGGAGGAGGUGCUGGAGGACCUCCACUUGCUGUGGUCAAAAAAGAGCCUAAAUCCAAGACACCAUUCAUCUGCGGCUAUUGCAGCAAGGCUUUCCGGGACAGCUACCACCUGCGGCGGCACGAGUCAUGUCACACCGGCAUUAAGAUGGUUUCGCGGCCUAAGAAGACACAACCAGCUCCCACCAUGGUGCCAAUCAUAUCCACUGUACCUCGUGAUAACGGUGGAAACCCGUCAUACAUUACUACUGUAGCUGGUAUUUUGACAACAGCCACCACAUCAACGGGCACGAGUAUUAUGACCCCGAUGCAACACCAACAGCAGCAGAACAUCCCCAAGAAACCCCCAAAACCUGUGAAAAAGAAUCACGGCUGUGAAAUGUGCGGCAAGGCUUUCAGAGAUGUAUAUCACCUGAACCGCCACAAGUUGUCGCACUCUGAUGAGAAGCCGUUUGAGUGUCCCAUCUGUCACCAGAGGUUCAAAAGGAAGGAUCGAAUGACGUAUCAUGCGCGCUCCCAUGACGGCGGGGUUCACAAGCCUUAUAUUUGUUCCGUUUGUGGGAAAGGAUUCUCCAGGCCUGAUCACCUAAGCUGCCAUGUCAAGCAUGUCCAUUCCUCAGAGAGGCCUUUCAAGUGCCAAGUAACGGCCUGUACAUCUGCUUUCGCUACCAAAGACCGUCUUCGUUCUCACAUGAUCAGACAUGAAGGCAAAGUCACCUGUAACAUUUGUGGCAAAAUGCUAAGUGCUGCCUACAUCACAAGUCACCUCAAGACCCAUGGUCAGCCCAGCUUUAGCAACCAAUGUAACAAUAAAGGCAUAAAUGACUGGCAGUGGAACCACUCGGGGCCACGAAAAGGUGAUUUGACGGUAGGAGAGAUUUUAAAUAACUCCUUCCAAGUCCUAAUUGACAACUCCCACAAAGAUACCAACAACGUACACACCAAUUCUGCCACGACCACGCCUGUCACCAACUCUGCGGCCAUCACCUCGGCCAUGAACCGCGGCGGCAGUGCCAACAAUCCAGUCACCAUUGCUGCUCAGAUGAACAUCACCACCAGCACAGUCAACAUAACAAACCCCGUCAACCUGCAGCACCCUGUCACCAUCACGGGCCCUGUGAAUCUCGCCUCCGUCAACAUCCCCACGACAGCCCACAUGAAUAUCGCCCACCCCGUGGCCAUCACCACACCAAUGCCAAUGAAUAUCACCGGCCCACUGAACAUUGCAAUGAGGCCCAUGGAGAGCAUGCCUUUUCUUUCCCAAGUUCUGCCAUCCUCACCUCCUUGGUAGAGUUUGUUUUCUCGCCGCUGAGUUAACUGUUGAGAAUGUAACUGCUUAACAAUAGAUGAACCUGUCAAAUCUUAGUAUCAUAGCAGUCUCAGUGGAUGGGCCCUAUCUUAAACACUCAAGUUGGCAUACCAUACUAAAUAAUGCAACGGCACCCUACAACCCACAUGUAUUUCAAAUUGCACGAAUCAGUACUAAAACAAAUUUGUUAUUUAUGAGAGUAGAAAUGCUUGGAAAAACUCUUAAUCGUUUUAAACUCCUUGAUCGACAUACUAUAUGUGACAAAUGAAUUCAUCACAUUGAUGCAAAAUGACAUACUUUGUAAGUCAAAAAUUACCUCCAAAGCCGUCCCGCUGAAGUAAGGAGUGUUAAGACUUUCCAGACCUCUGUCUUGAAAAUGGACAAACAGAAGAUCAACAUUGCCUGGUGUCUAAUUUAAGUGAGCCCAUUCCUUGUAUUUUAUUUAUCUAUAUCUAUCUAUAUAUCUAUAUAUAUAUAUAUAUAUAUAUAUAUAUAUAUAUAUACAUACACACACCCAUACACACACUGUAUAUAUAUGUAAGCAAACGUUUAUGCCAAAGAUUUUCCAAGCAACAUGCUUCCCUAUUGAAAAGAUUGGGGAACCCAAAUACGUUUCAAUUAACUACCUGAUUGAGGGCUCACUUUGGAAGCUCUUCCAGGCAGUUUGUUUUAAUUAUGCACCAUAUAUUUAAACCUACGCUUACCGUCGUUGCAUCUAUCAUGAAAAACUUUGAUUAUGAUGAAGAUAGGAGGUUGUGUAAAACGUAAAUAAAAACAAAGCAUUGAUUUGGAAAUCGUUUUCUACAUAUAGCCAAUCGAACGGACAAAAAAGACAAGAUAUUUAAUGAUCAAACUGAUGAACGUUCCCCACAUAUCCAACUUAUUUUGAAUUUGAUGCCUGCAACUAAAAGUUGACUGGUGUAUGUUUGCCCCUGUGUGACAUCACUUCCUUUGAAGAACACUCAAUUGAGAACUCGGGACACUAAUUGUUGAAGCUUUAUAGAUGGAAUUCUUUUCCAUUCUUGGUUGAUGCACAACUUGAGUUGCUCGACAGUACGGGAUCUCCGUUUUCAUAUUUUGCGCUUCAUAACGUGACAGAUAUUUUCGUUGGGAGACAGGUCUGGACUGCUGACAGGCAAGCUGAGUACUCAUACUCUUAUAACGAAGCCACACUCACUGUUGUAACAGAUGCAAAACGUGUCUUGGAAUUGUCUUGCUGAAAUAUGCAAGGAAGUCUCUCAAAAAUACAUUGCUUAGAUGACAACAUAUGUUACUCCAAACCCAAGAUGUACCUCUCAGCUAUGAUUACUGAUGUUUGCUUUUGAACUUUGCGCUGAGUCCAAAUGUUAUUUUUCCUCUUUCGCCUUGCAUCGUAGACUUUUAACUUGCAUUUUUGCACAUGUAGUGACUCACCGUUCAACAAUUUAACUGACAAACGUUUUCUAAAGUGUUUGUGAACCCAUUUGGCAAUAUCCUAUUGUGGCAAUGUUUUUUUAAUGCAGUGCCACCUCACAGAUUGAAGAUCACAGGCAUCCAAUUUUCUAUUUCUCCAGAUUGUAGAUGAUUAAAACCCUAAAUUCCUUGCAAUUGUAUGUUGAGAGACAUUAGCCCUGGUUGAUGAAUGUGCAAACACACACACCAUUUGGUGUGCAAAACGUUGAUAUGCACAGAGGCAUGAUUCAUCCAUAAUAUCGUAAUUCAUUUUAUGCUUAGCUGCAAACAAAUUUAGAACAUCCUCAGAUCAUUCAUGCGCACUAAGAGUGACGAACCAAUCGUUUCGGGGAUGCUCCUUUCAUACCCAAAAGCACUCGCUGAUCUUGUUUAAUUUUUUUCCCCCAUAAUUGUUAUUUAAGCAUUGCUCAACUUUCCUAGUUUUGUUUCCCCCACCCCAGCUUUUUGGGAGCGUGUUGAUCAAAUUCAAAAUGACGGAGUAGAAUAAUGGAGGAAAAAAAACGUCAUCAGUUUCAGCAUUAAAUAUCUUGCCCUUGUGUUGUAUAUUGCCCUUGUAAUUGAAUAUAGGUUGAAAAGGAUUUCAAAAUCAUAUUCUCUUUUUAUUUACAUUUUACACGACGACCCAGCUUCAUUGGAAUUGGGACGUGUAGCUCACAACUUUAGCUUAGCUCAAAAUUGUAUAUUGCUCAGUUUUAGGUCAGACUAUUUUCAAACAGAUAUUCACUAGUUAUGAGCAUUAAUAUUUAAAGUUGUAUCGCCAAUCAUUACAUUGUCAGCAGUUACACUUCCCACCAUAAUUUUGCUUUUCAAACUUUUUCGUUUUGAAGAUAAGAGAGAUGAGGUUGCUAGCUGGCUCACUGCAGCUGCUUCACGAGCAAGCGCAUGGGAAAGAUUUGCUAUGUGCUGGGCAUUUGAUGUCAACGAAUGUGACACUACAACAAAUCUUCCAUCCGGGUGUGUUGCUACCAGAGGGUGUGAAAAAUGAUUCCUAAUUAGAAUGAGUUUGUUUAUAGAUUUGAAAUAUUUUAGAAGGCUUAACAGUAUUUAAUAGUUUCUGUAUUUUAAAGGAUUCAUUUAGGAGGUCGGUGUUGAGCAAUAUUUCAGAUUGCGUUGAUGUUUCCGAGGCUGGCUCGAACAAUUCUUGUAAAUGAAUUCCUCCCGUGGUGGUAUUUUAAAAUGGCUGGAAACUGGUCACGUGUCAUCACUGCUGGAUACUCUUCACACAUUUGUGAUUUCAUCAAUUUUGGAUUCUUUUAAGUAUUUAUAUGAGGACAUGACAGUUAACGGUACAAAAAGAAGGGAGAUUUUAUUUUAUUUUUUUUAACUGAAAGCAGAGGGUUUGCCCUUAAAAGACAGUAUUAUCAAAGGUCAAAUGGAAAGAUUCCGUUUUUUGUUGUUGUUUUUUUUUGGUAGAGGUGUAUAGAUUUUCUUAGUUGCACAUGGACUGUGCAAGCCAAGCCCAAAGUUUUUGGGUAGAUUAGAAUGUUUACAUUUAGCAGGCAUAGGAUCCCAAUUCUGCAAGUAAAACACAGAUGACUGAGAUUAGUCUUUUAUAAUAUGUUAAUGACUGGUCUUUUUUUUAUUUUUGUGUGUGUGUGUAAAUCUAAAACACUAUAUGGUUGGCUUUUUACCUGUGGAAGUGUCAGUCUGACUUUGCACCACAAGCUACAAUGUAAGAACAAUCUCAGCAUUGAUAUGGCCAUCCAAGAGCAAGAGUGCCAAACAAUGAUCAAUGGAUAAAGCUUUUCUCCACCAAGUGCAUAAAAAUACUGGAUUCUUCAGUUUCAUGUGGCAGGGCUACAACCCCAUUUGGCCAAACAGUGCAUGCCACACAUGGUCGAGGAAGUAUCGGUGAUUUCGCAUUUCUAAAAUGAACUCGGUCCAAAAACAAAUUGUUAAAAAAAACACACACACAGCCCUUCGCCAGUAUACUGUAUCUUGAGCUCUCCAAAGACUUUUAAUGAUGAGGAAAUGGGUGGGAAAAUUAUCACCAGCGUUAUUUUGAAAUUGGAAGUUAAGUCAAAAAUGUUUUUGAACAAUCAUAUGUUCCGUGUAAUCACAGGAGUCGAAACAUUGUAUCCGAGUAAUGUCUUUCUACUCCCCUAUGUCGUGGACUGAAAUUGACAGCAUUACCGAUGUCACAUGACCAAACCCGAUACAGGUGAGGCGUGAUGUUUGUCAUGCGGGCCCGAGGGCACUUGGAUGUCAAUUUUUCUCGAGGAGUAACAUUGUUCCUGUGAAGUGGCCAAUUUUGUUUUUAUCUUGAUUUUACAACCUCUUAUGCAAUCCUGUUAAUAUUAAAUGGUAUCAGACAUUAGCUGGGAGCGGUAGCAGAGCUGAAAGCUAAUUUAAUACAAUUUCAUUUCAGGAAUUAUUUUUCUGUGCCGGGAAAAAAAUAACAGGUCUAAAGUUUAUCUAUCUUUUUAACAAUGGGGAAGUAGAAGUCAAGAGUCUGAUUUCAGAUUUCACCUUCAAACUUUUAGUUUUGGUUUGUUAAAUCAAAGCAGCAUUCCUUAUUUGUGGAAAUGUCUCAACAUCAAGGCAUAAGAUUAUUAUUUUUUUUUCCGUAAGCACAGCAAUAGUAGCCUAACAUGUUGUUUUCACAGCAUGAAAUGUCCUUACUGAUUUUGGUUUCUACAUUUUUGGAGUCUUUUGUCAUGUAAUGUAACUGUGUUGACACUUUGAUCCCUUUACGUUAUCCCCAACAUGCGUUUAGACCGGCCUGGAUGCAGUGCAGUCUUUGGUUAUUUUUGUUUUUAUUCCAGGCACAAUCAUUCUGUGGCUUUAUGUGAUGUUCAGUCCACCAAAUUUAACAAUGUGAAUGAAGCCUGUUUGAAGUUGAGUGGUGACUCUCAAGCACUUGCAGCAAACUAGGAUAUGCACACUACAACAGAGUGGUACUUAAAGGGGCAUUUCAGUUUGGUGGAAUGAUACAAGGGUCUUGUCAUUGGCCAAGAUGCUUUUUUUUUUGCUCGUUUAAUUGUGUGCAUGGCAGCACUGUGCUCCAAGGGAAAUGCUUUAAUGUGGAACGGCAUUAUGAUCUUGGAAUGUUUUAAAAUUCAUUUUAUAGUUGUUAUUUUUAUUUACAAUGUUGCAUGUGAACUGAACUUGUCCAUAAUAGGUUUAAAUUGAACAACCUUUUUUCUUAUUUUUUUUUUUAAGAAGGAUAGUGACAUAGGAAAUCAAAACACUAAAAAAAUAGGGUAAAAUCAAGCAUGUGCUGUUAUAUGUCCUUUUCUAGUGGCUGUAAACAAAUGUGCCUGAAAUAUUUUGCAAGACUUCUUCACACGCUGAUGCUUCCUGCCUGUCAGGUUUGACGAAAUAUACUGUGAAGGAAGCCUUUUUCAGAUGUUGGCCAAUGUCUGGCGACUAAACUAUGGCAUUUUAUUUGAUGAAAAUGAUUGCGGUGUUACUCCAGUGAAAGAAACACCUUGCAUCAGGAUUAGCUAUGAGUCAUGACGAUACAAGUAAUUGACAUUUUUGAAAUCAUUAUCUUUGGGAACGCGGGGGUGAAGGGGGGAGGUGACUUGCAAAAAGUGUUUAUUUGGCCAAAUAGUCGGGGGGUUAAUAUGGUAAAUGUUGUGAAGGCAAAUGAAUGUAUAUCUUUGUACAAACCGUUUAGAUCAGAGGACUUAGUUAUAGUUAUGACAGACAUGCAAGGAAAAAAAACUUUUUAUAAAACAUUUUGUAUUAGAUCAUUAACAAGUUUUGUACAUACGGAGGCUAGACUUUCUGAAUAGCAGAAAGGUACAACAUUCCUACAUUUUUUAAAAAUGUAUGUCCACUGAGAAUAAUUAUGUAAACAUGUGCAAUGUUUUAUGUGCCUUUUAUUUGGGUUUGUCUAAAUAAAAGAAAACAGUAAAACAUGA